AUGAAGUUACUCGGUUGGAUGCAUCGUAAGUUCCGGCAAAAUAGCAGCGAACCUCUCAAGGAUUUUUCCAUCGGGCAGCUGUCUCUCGACGGCCAAGAAUACUACCCCAAUCCAAACUAUUGCUCUAAACCCAUAAGCAAAGGACAACAUGACAAUCACUUUCGAAACUCAUUCGCCAGUCUAGAGGCAGCAAGAGUGGAAGAAGGUCUUGAAGAUGAAUCACAGGCCACAUUAUCUGAGCUCUUCCAUGGGUUCCUUGCUAUCGGCACCCUCGGUGCAGAUCCUAUUGUCACUGAACCUUCUACCCCAACAUUUGCCAUCUCUGUUGAGAACAUAACAGAGAAAGAAACUGAAGUGACAGAAAAUGAACUGAAGCUAAUUAACGAGGAGUUGGAGAGGGUGCUGGGAGCUGAAGCUAGAGAUGAUGGUUCCAAUGACUCAUCUGGGAGAAACAGUCAUGUCAGCACUGGGAGAAACAGUCAUGUCAGCACUGGGAGAAGCAGCCAUGGUAGCACCAUUACGCUUAGCGGCAAGCAAAUAGAAAGCUCAGAGAACAAUGGGAAUGGAACAAUAACUUGUCCACUUCAGGGUUAUCUUUUUGGGUCAGCAAUUGAAUUGCCUGAAACAACCGUGGGAAAGAAGGAACAUAGGGCAUCACUCGGGGAGCUGUUUCAGAAAACUAAACUGGCAGAGGAAAAGAGAACAGAUAAGGAAACAGAGAAAUCGGCUGUUCACCUCAUGAAGAAGAUACUGAAAAAGACAAUGCUUCACCCCUCCUCUCGUAGCUCCACAGCAGAUUCAGGAGGAACUGCUGAUCCUGCUUCAGCAGAGACAAAACUGCAUAAGAUUCUACAUAUGUUCCACAGGAAAGUUUAUCCAGAAAGCUCUACAGCUACACAAAAAUCUGAUAAGCCCCCAAAGAAUGAGAUCAAGAACAACCUUAUGUACGAGGGGAGAUAUAGCAGUGGAGAUCAUCUGACCCCAGUUGAAGAUAUCCCCAUACUCCCUCAGGGACGGAUCUCAAAAGAGGUCAUACAGCGCUUCAAGAGCCAGCCUAACCCACCUCAAGUCACACUUGGUGGUAGCAAUUCAAGUGGCAACAGGGAGUAUUGGAUCAAAACAGACACAGACUGUUCUCAUAUUGGUUAUCAAUGGUACUAG